GAUGUGCUGGUCUUCCUCAAAGACAAGAAGUGCGACGAGGAGGUCUUGCAGUCGACCACCAAGUGCCAGCAGCGCGAGCAGGCUGAGCACCAGGCCUCGGUCGUCACUGCGAGGCCGAGGGUCGAGAACUUACGGAAGGAGCCCAAGAAGCAGGACCUCCAGCUCCAGAAGAUCAAGGAGCGCCGCGAGCAGCUCCUCAAGGAGGAGGCUGGGCUCCUCGCGGCCAUGCAGGACACCCAGAAGAACUUUGCUGCUGCAGAGGCUCUAUACGUACGCGUGCAUGCCGUCGGCAUCAAUGACGUAGUCAAGGUCACGACGGCCGCGCUGGAUCCCAGCCUGCACGCGAAUGCUGAGGCCAAGGCUGCCAUGGAAGUGCUUGCGAAGCUCCAGCAGACCGUCCUCGGCCUCAAGGGCGCUGCGGAGAAGGCUCAGGGCAUCGACAUGGGCGCCCUCAGCGCUGAGAACUUCGAGGAGCGCGCGGCCGAAUUCAAGGCUGCGGCCGAGGCGCUCCGCACAGCCGCCCCAGAGGCGCAGGAAGCAGCCAAACGCAAAUUGGUGUGCUGGGUGAGCGCAUGCCCCGCGUUGGUGUGCUGGGUGAGCUGCGGAUUGAGCUUCUGA